CCUGUUUCUUGGCUAUGGUGAGCAGAGCAGCAGUGAACAUGGGGAGCAAGUAUCUGUGAUGCAGGAUGUGAGUCCUUUGAACCUGCGCCAAGGCGUGGAACGCCUGGGCCAGGCAGUAGUCUUCUUUGUAUAAGAAGAUGCGUGAUGGUGGUUUUCUCUUCAAGCUUCAGGUGUCUUCCAUGCUCUCCUGACUUUGGGAUCAUUGACCAGACGUCUGGGAAGCAAGCCAUCUAUUCAUUACUCCUGAAAGAGAAACUCAAAGAAGAAAAACCACAAGAAAUGGCUGAUUCUCCAGAAAAGCUCUUGCAGCGUCUGUUGACAUUUGGGGAUGUAGCUGUGGACUUCCCCCAGGAGGAGUGGGAAUGCCUGGACUCUGCUCAGAGAGCUUUGUACAUUGAUGUGAUGCUGGAGAAUUACAACAACCUGCUGUCUGUGGGGGUGAAUCCACUUAUAGUCCACAUCUUUGAGGUGGGAAGACAUACACCUUUGAAAACAAUCUUCUGGCUGGAAGUUACACCUUCAUACCUUCUACUGUUUGAGACCUACUGGGCAUGACUGGAGCCAUCUGUGAGACUCUGGAUUUGGAGCUAUCUGUUGGAGCCUAAUGGGCUUAGCAGAGAACUACAGAUAAAGGCAGCGAUUCUUGUCCUAUAGUCCAUCCAUCCAUAGACAACAUCUGAGAGGCAAUUCAGCUAUAUGUUAAUUGCUCCAGAAAGAGAAACUCAAAGAAGUGAAACAGUAAGAAAUGGGUAGUUCUCCAGUAAGUAUGUCACAGGGUGUGUUGACAUUCAGGGAUGUAGCAGUGGACUUCUCCCAGGAGGAGUGGGAAUGCCUCGACUCUGGUCAGAGGGCUUUGUGCAUUGAUGUGAUGUUGGAGAAUUACAGCAACCUGGUCUUUGUGGAGAAGUAUCAAAAAUCUGAUCCUGUCCGUCACCAUGUGAAGACUGAAAAGGAGUCUUGUCAGUGUAAUGAGCUUGGCAAAGUGCUGCAUGACCCCUCCACAUGUUCACAUCAUAGAACAAGUGAAACUACAGAAAACUCCAAGAACUACACAUGCAGUAAUCACAGCGAUGCCUCUGGUGACUCAUCAGACCCAGAUAGAGAUGAAAGUAUGUACACUGGAGAAGAACCUUGCCGAUCUAUAGACAGUGAGAAAUUUUUAAAUGUGAGUUCCAACUUUACUGAAGUACAGAGACUCUGCACUGCAGACAAGGAGCACAGGCAAGAAGAAGGUGACGACACUUUGAGCUCUGCAACCAGGAUUUUGCAUCGAGCAGUCUACAUUGAAGAAAAUCCAUACCAAUGUGGGAAUUGCAAGAAAUGCUUCAGGUCUGCCUCCUACCUCAAUGAUCAUGAGAGAAUUCACACUGGAAUUAAACCCUGCCAGAGCAACAUUAGUGAACAAUCCUUCACCCAGCAUUCCAGUUGUAAAAUACACCAAAGCCUACAUAUUGUGGAUAAACCUUACACAUGUAUGGAAUGUGACAUGUCGUUAACUUGGGAUUCACAAUUUAGAAGACUUAAGAGAUUUCAUACAGUAGAGAGACCUUACUGUUGUAUGCAAUGUAACAAGUCCUAUACCCAGGUCUCACGUCUUAGAGCACAUCAGAGAAUUUGUACUACAGAGAGACCUUACAAAUGUAUGGAAUGUGACAAGUCCUUUACCAGGAAUUCAGGUCUGAGAAGACAUCGAAGAGUUCAUACUAGAGAGAGACCUUACAAAUGUAUGGAAUGUGACAAGUCCUUUAUCUGUGAUUCAAAACUUAGAAUACAUGAAAGAGUUCACACUGGAGAGAGACCUUACAAAUGCAAAGAAUGUGACAAGUCCUUUACCCACAACUCACAACUUAAAAUACAUGAGAGAGUUCACACUGGAGAGAGACCUUACAAUUGCAUAGACUGUGGCAAGUCUUUUACCCAGCAGGCACAUCUUAAAAAACAUCACACAGUUCAUACUGGAGAAAAACCUUACAAAUGUAUGCAAUGUGACAAGUCAUUUUUCUGUGAUUCAGAUCUUAGAAAACAUCAGAGAGUUCAUACUGGGGAAAAACCUUACAAAUGUAUGGAAUGUGACAAGUCCUUUACCCAGAACUCACAUCUAAGAACACAUCAGAGAAUUCAUACAGGGGAAAAACCUUAUAAAUGUAUGGAAUGUGACAAAUCCUUUACCCAGGACUCACAUCUAAGAACACAUCAAAGUAUUCAUACUGGAGAGAGACCUUACAAAUGCAAAGCAUGUGACAAGUCCUUUACCUGGAAGUCACAACUUAGAACACAUGAGAGAGUUCACACUGGGGUAAAACCUUAUAAAUGUAUGCAAUGUAACAAGUGCUUUACCCGGAUCUUACUUCUUAGAGCACACCAGAGAAUUUGUACCAGAGAGAACCUAACAAAUGUAUAGUACGUGACAAGUCCUUUACUUGGUAUUCAGGUCUUAUAAGACAUCAAAGAGUACAUACUAGAGAGAGACCUUACAAAUGUAUAGAAUGUGACAAGUCCUUUACCAGAACUCACAACUUGGAACACAUGAGAGACUUGAUAUUGCAGAGAGACCUUACAAAUGUAUGCAAUGUGACAAGUCCUUUACCUGGAACUCAUAACUUAAAAAACAUCAAAUAGCUGGGCGUUGGUGGCGCUCGCCUUUAAUCCCAGCACUCGGGAGGCAGAGGCAGGUGGAUCUCUGUGAGUUCAAGGCCAGCCUGGUCUCCAGAGCGAGUGCCAGGAUAGGCUCCAAAGCUACACAGAGAAACCCUGUCUCGAAAAACAAAAAAACAAAACAAAAAAAAACAUCAAAUAGUUCAUACUGGAGAGAGACCUUACAAAUGCAAAGAAUGUUCAAGUCCUUUACUUGGAACUCACAACUUAGAUCAAAUCAGAGAGUUAAUACUGGGGAAAACCUUACAAAACUAUGCAAUGUGACAACUCCUUUACCUGGAUCGCACAAUUUAGAAGACAUCAGCGUUUACACUGAGCAGAAACCUUACACAUGUAUUGAACGCUAGAUGUCCUUUCCCAGGAUGUCACAUUUUCAAGACAUCAGAGGGUCCAUACUGGAGAGAGACCUUGGAGUUGUCAGGAAUGUGACAAAUCUUUCAUUAGAUGCAAACAUCUUAGAACUUGUCAGAAUAUUCAUACUGGAAAGAAAACUUUCAAAUGCCAAGACUGACAUUACUUUUAGCCAUAUUACAAGUCUUAACAGAUGGAAAGAAAAGUCCCAUUGCCAAUACAGUGACUUGCCAUUUUCUGACAUUCUCAGUGUACAAAUAACAACAGUAUACAUAAUAGAAACAUAAAGAUAAGAAACAUAUGAAAAUUUUUUUUGAGUUAAAUCUUAGAAAAUAUCAGAGUUUAUGCCAAAUUAAUAUUUUCUCAAUGUUCCUGCAAUAAAGUCUUCCUAUAUGUUUUACUGAGUA